AUGUCAAGCGGACGCGGUCGAGGUGGACUAUUCCAGCGCGGUGGUCAAGGUGGUCGAGGUGGUCGAGGCGGGGGAUUGAUAGGGUCCGCGGUCCGCGGCGUAGCAGGCGGUAUUGGGCUCGUGUCGGAGAGCGUUAGCUCUUACAAAGAGAAGAGAGCAGCGGAGAAAACCCCCGCAUCCUCAGAGUCAAGCCAACAGCCUCAAUCAAGCGGAAGCAUUGCUGUCGGAAGCGAGCCGCCACCGAACUAUGAGCCUCGGCCAGGCCAGCAUGAGGACUCGACUGAAAGACAAUGGGAGCUCGACGAAACACAAUCCGAGCUCCUCUCAAGUCCUCAAGAUAGUGCCGAGAUCGCUCAACAGACUCAAGCUGACAAGGAUCUUGUGGCCAGCUUUUUGAGAGUGCAUGGCUCUUCAUCCGGCCGAGCCAAUGCUCAAUUGGAAUUGCCGGUCAUUCUCGCACAGCGGAGACCAAAAGAUCGAACCCGUGGGUUUGUUCGUGGAUAUGCUCCGAUGCUUGAGAAUGCCGGUAUUGAUCAGGCGGCAUGGCUAGACUUUUUAGAUAAAUUCGACCAGUCUACUCGAGCCUCGCCUUGGAUCGAGGUCAUCAACUUUGCAGAGUUGGGCGGCUUCUUUGUACCGAUUGCGCCAAGUAUCGCCAUCAGUGUAGCCGUGUACAAGACAAUUGAGGUUGCGAAGGAUGUCCAAGGCAGACAAAGGUCAAACAAGUUCAUUUCCCAGAUGAACGAGCAAUACUUCUACCCGAGGGGCUUAUGUUGUCUGAUUAUGACCUGGCGACCCGAUUCCGGGAGGUCUCACGAGGUUGUUGACUUAACAUCAACAGUUGCUUCUUCGAUUGGAUCGUAUGACUCUGGAUUUACCAACAAGUUUCAAACCUCCAGCGGAAAGACCUACGGUGAUUUCGCUCUCCCCGAGGCUGCCCCUCUCAUCUUUCCGACCCUCGAUGUACUUGCUGAGGCUGAUAGUGAGGAAUCGAAGGGUCUGAAGCAAACCCUGGGUGAGAAGAGAACAUACAUCCAGGAGUACUAUGACAAGAGAGCCCAGGCUCAGUUCGCGCUCAAUAGACCGGAUAAUCUCUUGGCCAACCAGCAAGAAGCUCCAAAGUUCACUUCACGAUAUGCCGAUCCUAGCCAUCCUUCCAACAAUGGCUCCUUGAUCUCCCUACUCACUGGCGGAUAUGUCGACCCAACGAAGCUUCAUCGGGGCUUCAGGGGCCAAGCACCAGAGGUCCAGAGUAAGGGACAACCCAGUGGAGCACCAAGUGAUAGACAGCCCGGUUUGCCCCUGCCUUACAAGCCGGUCAAGGCGGCAAGAAAAUUUCUCUUCAACAAGGACAUUUUGUAUCUAAUGGUUGUUAAUAUGCCCAGUGAGGAUGAGCUCCGGGAGGCCAAGGCGGUAUUGGACCGCAGAUAA